AACGGGGAUUCCUCCUCGUCUCUCUCCGCCCCGCGAAUUUGGAUCGAGGUCUCGUGCCGAGGGCGUUGCAGAUGUCCUCAAAUCCCACCCACCACUUCCGGAGGAGCCACCGGUACCCGUUGCCCAAGCACUUGCCCCAUUUAUUCCCUUCUUCGCCUCCCUCCCCUAAUAAAAGAUCGUUCUUUGAGCCGACUUGCUCCCCCCUCAGGGACUCUGAUCUCCCCGGAAGGGCUUUCAAGCCUUUCAGGGGCGUCUUGGAUGAAAAUUCGACAAAUUUGCGCCCCCACCCCCACCCCCCCAACCCCGGUUUGGAGUUAUCGUGGUGAUCUCGAUCUGGACGUGUUGUUUUCCUGACCUUGACCUGUCGAAAUUUCCAACCCCGUGUUGAAAUUUUCCGAAUUUUUGAGGAUUUCAGGGCUCGGGUGCCGGAAAUUUUUGAUUCCUUUUGGUAAAUUGGAUGCUUUUUACAUGCCUUUUCAGAAAAAAAGAAAUGUUUGUAGUUUGUUGACGAUAGAGCCUGGAUUAUGCCUGGAGAUUUGAGGCUGUCGAGGAGAAUCGAAGGUAACUCGAGUGGUGUUCUACGAAAUGAGCUGCUUUCCUUGUUUUUCGAGGAAGAGCGCCGCAGAGGAGGAUCUAUCUCCGGUCGCACGCGUCGUUAAGGACAAUGAACUGACAGAAAAGCCCGGGCAUCCGACACAAAAGGCCUCGGUGGAAGAAGCUCAACAGGAUGCUGGAAAUGGAAGUAUUGCAGCACAGACAUUUACAUUCCGUGAGCUUGCUUCGGCUACCAAGAACUUUCGACCCGAAUUCCUCUUGGGUGAAGAAGGGUUCGGAAGAGUUUACAAGGGCUGCCUCGAGAAUAAUGGCCAGACUGUAGCUGUUAAACAACUAGACAGGAAUGGGUACCAAGGCCAAGAUUUUCUUGCUGAAGUAAAGGCGCUGAGUCUCCUCCAACAUCAAAAUCUAAUCAAGCUUAUCGGAUACUGCGCCGAUGGUGAUCAAAGACUCUUGGUCUAUGAGUAUAUGCCUACGGGCUCUUUGGAAGACCAUUUGCAUGGUACCUCAGCUGAUCAGAAACCUAUAAGCUGGUAUACUAGGAUGAAGAUAGCAUAUGGCACCGCUCAAGGUCUAGAGUUUUUGCACGAGAGCGCCGACCCGCCUGUGAUCUACCGUGAGCUUAAACCAUCCACCAUUCUGCUCGACGAAGAUUUCAACCCAAAACUCUCUGAUAUUGGGCUUGCAAAGGGGGACAAAGUCCAUGUAUCGUCGAUGGUGAUGGACACCAAUGGCUACAGUUCACCUGAAUACACGAGAACAGGUCAGCUUACCUUGAAGUCAGACGUCUACAGUUUUGGAGUCGUGAUGCUCGAGUUGAUCACGGGGAAGAGUGUCAUGGACACGAAUGAACCGAACCUUGUUGCUUGGGCGAUGCCGAUGUUCAGAGACCAGAAAAGGUUCCCGGAGCUCGUCGAUCCACUUCUGCAAGGGGAGUAUCCAUCAAAAGGCUUGAGCCAAGCGGUGGCCGUCGCCGCGAUGUGUCUCCAAGAAGAGGCUUCGGUGCGCCCGUUAAUGGCUGAUGUAGUCAUGACGCUAAGCUUUCUUACGACAGAGUCGGCGGGCCCUCAAGUAGACUCUGCUCCGGCACCCAAUUCACCACCACCGGAAGAAAGAAUGGAUUGAUGCGGCAGAAGCAGAUGAGGAAGAGUGAGUGAGGACUACGACUGUCGAGUUGCGGAGGCCAUGGAGUGGUGUUCUUCUUCGAAAUCAACACAUCAUAGGGAAUAAUCCUACCAUGAGGAGUGAGGCCUUGUGGGAUGGGUUUACCGAGCUUGUUGUUACUUGUCUGUGUGUUUGACUCUCUCUAAUCACCACACAGCAUGAGAGCGUAUAAGAUUUCAGGAUAUGUGUCGAAAAGUCUGCAAUGAUCUUGAAUUAACAUAAGGCGUGUGUGUUUACUCAUGUCUAUAAGAAUAAAUUCAUGAAGAGAUACUUCUAUUAGGCCACCUGUGAGUGGCCGUAAGAGAAAAAAAGGAGGAUAUGAACUGUGAUCUCAGCUAGUUCUAUAUGCAAUCCUAGAUUGGCCUUCUCCGAUCAACUUGAAUAGUUGCAUGUUGGCAUCGCAUGUUGAUCACAAUA